GACCUGUGAUGCUACGGCACUCUACCCAGGGCGACAGCUUGAGGCUCUGUCUCAAAAAAAAAAAAAAAAAAAAAUAUUUGAAGCCAUGGUCCUAGGUGAAAUCAUGGAGGGAAUGAGGAGUGUGGCCAAAGAAGAGAACCUAGGCAUCUUUGAAUGAGUCAGAAAGAGAGGAAGAGAGGUCACAAGGGGAAGGAGUACCAGGUGAGGGUGUGUCCCAGAGCCAAGGCAGGUUCCAUGUUGCCGAGGAGGGUGAGUCACCCUGUCAGGUGCUGACGGUGGAGCAGAAGACGAGUACUGAGGACUGCCCAGCCAUGGGAAAGCAGCAGGGAGGUCUUUGGAGAUUGGCCUUGGCAAAAGCACUUUUAGGAAGCAGUGUACUUCUCCUUAACCUGAUGUGUCCCAGUGGCCUGGACAAUGCCGGAAAAACAACUAUUCUCAAGAAGUUCAAUGGAGAAGAUAUUGACACCAUCUCCCCGACACUGGGGUUCAAUAUCAAGACCCUGGAGCACCGAGGAUUCAAGCUAAACAUCUGGGAUGUGGGCGGCCAGAAGUCCUUGCGGUCCUACUGGCGGAACUACUUUGAGAGUACUGACGGCCUCAUCUGGGUGGUGGACAGUGCUGACCGCCAGCGCAUGGAAGACUGCCAGAGGGAGCUCCAGAGCCUGUUGGUGGAGGAGCGCUUGGCUGGAGCAACCCUUCUCAUCUUUGCCAACAAGCAGGACCUGCCUGGAGCAUUGUCCUCUAACGCCAUCCGAGAGAUGGCAAAGCAAGCUCAGAGGAAUUAUGUAACUACCCAAGGUCACACAGCCAGCCUUGGAACUGGACUCCAUCCGCAGCCACCACUGGUGCAUCCAGGGUUGCAGUGCCGUGACCGGGGAGAACCUGCUGCCUGGCAUCGACUGGCUCCUGGAUGACAUUUCCAGCCGUGUAUUCACAGCUGACUGAGCUACUCUGGAUGCUGCCCCCUAGCCAUCCAGGUCCCCACCCCUGCUCUCACCAGACACUAUCCAUGGGGGGAUAGGAGCCAGCCGGACUAACACUCCCCUCCCCUGCUACAACCUGUAACCUGCUGCUGCUACUGCUGCCUGCUGCUGCUCCGUGGCCAGCCGGCUCCCAUGGUUGGAGGGCUGUAUUCUGGCUGUCACUCUGGUUCCUGAUCUGGCUUGCAACUGCCCUAACAAGAAGAGAGAGCUGGGGCUGGGAGGGCCUGCCUUGGCAGUUACUGGGGCUGUGGGCUUCAUCCUUUGCUCAGCUGUGAGAAUAAACCACUCUUUGCCCUGGUU